AUGAAGGAAUCCGUUAUGUCUGUCUCCUCGCUUGUUGGAGCUUUUGAUGACAUCGUUCGCUCCACUUCAGUCCUCGCCGAAGGAAUUGAAGGAGGUUUGUGAUCCGAUUCUUCGCUCGUUGUUCGAUCAUUGCUGGAUCAUAUUGUCUAUAGUGUUGCUUGAUUUGUCAGCAGUUAAAUGCUUUUCGAAAUUAUGAACGUUACUUCGACUUUUUUCUUCCGUUAAUCACCUCAUAGUUCUGAAAUCUAAUAAGCAUUAUUCAGGAAUACGUUACAUGUAAAAGCAAGCAACGUGCUAAGCUUUCAGUUCUUGAGUUCAGUUCUUGACUUGACUUAAGCUUAUAAGAACAUUUAAAUCAAUUUUACUCUAUCCUAGAAUUCAUUAAGUUCGUCACACAACAAGAAGAAUGUCGGAAGAAGUGGCUUUCUGCCGAGAAUGAAGCUAUCCGACUAAAGCAAGAGAUCGCAAAACUCCAGGUAACAUGUUGGACGUUUUGUAAUUAGUAAUAAACAAAAUUAUCCUUUGGUGGUCUCUUUCACUUAACUUUCUGUUCCGGGACGUGAGCUCAAGUUUUAACAAUUUAGCAAUAUUUUUCAGGCUGAAAAUGAAGCACUUGAAGUUAAGUUGAAGCACGCAAGGUUUGUAGAUAAAUGUUAUGACAAAAUAACAAAACUUUUAAAUAAGAAGUUGAAAGAAAAACGCAUGUUUGAGCUUACGGUUAGAAAAAAUUCUCACUUCAGAAACCAGAAAACCAGUCAAACAUUUAUAAUGCUGUAGUGGUCAUACAGCAUGACAGAGAUUGAUAUCAGAAGAUGCAAUACCGUUUAUUGUUUUUUCAGGGUUCGUUUUACAUUAUAAGUUUAUCUUUGCUUUCCAGGAGCCAAGUUGAAAUAGAAAUCAAGAAGAGGAUGAAAGCUGAAGCAACUCAAGACCAUUUGGUAGGGAUUUGCAAAAAUUAAUAUCAUAAAAUCUACAGGCCCCAAUGGUUGAUAAGGUGGAUAACUUUAUCCAUUGGAUGGAAUCUAUAUCCAGUCAAAAUGCAUAUCAUCCUCGGAGAGCCAGGGGCAGAUAGUGGGGAUGAGUGAAAGUCUAAAUGGGUGGAAAAAUAUAUAUGGCACGAAGAAAAGUAAAGAACGGCGAGAAGAGCCCCUGGGGACAAAAUGUCUUACCAGACCAGUUCCAAACGGUCACCGCCGUUCUUGCUUCUGAUUGGUGCCAUAAAAACCAAAGUUUUCUGGCACCAAUGAGAAGCCAGAACGGCGGCAACCGUUUGGAACUGGUCUGGUAAGACAUUGUCCUUAGGGGCUCUUCUCGCCGUUCUUUACUUUUCUUCGUGCCAUAUAUAUUUUUCCAGCCAUUUAGACUUUCCCUUGCCCCCUUUAUCUGCCCCUGGGUCUCUGAGGAUGAAUGCAUAUUGGUAAUACUUAUCUGCUUGAUAGUGAUUAUCCCAUGGAUAGUGCUAUCUGAUGUUUGAACAACGGGUGCCAGAGCUGCAGAUAGUUACUUUAUUCUUUUCUGAAAGGACAUAUAUCUGGCUAAGUCACCAUUUUGGUCGGACAAAAUAAAAAUGUGCUUGAAGUCUAACAAUUAUCAAUGCAUUUCGUUUCCUAAAGACAGAAAAAUUACAUCAUGUAUGACAGGUACAGGAAGUGUAGGUUGACUGAUUACUGCCUUACCUUCACACAGUGUGCAAAGGAAGUUGUGUCCAAUAGCCCAGGGCUAGUGGAUUUUGCUAUUGGGUUAGUGAAUUCUCUUCUUAACUUCAGUGCCCAAGUGGCAAGUGAAGUAUUUUUGGGAAUUCAAAUUACAAAACAACUGUUAUCAAAAUCUUUUUUUGGUUUAGUUAAAAUGACUUUUGAGCUUGCCUGAAUGGCAGGCAAGCUGUAAAACUGACUUUCUUUGCACCCUGCAUCACAGCAACAAUAUUAUUUUGUUUUUGUACUUCAAUUUACAUUUGCUCAAGAUAUAUUUUAUUUAUCUGCAAAAUGAUAGACUGGUAUUAACUUUGGGUGGACAUCAUAUCCAACCACAGUUAAGAUUUUGCCAGAAAUUGGCCAGUUUUAUUCUGACCCCUUGCCUAGUCCCAUCCAUUCAUCUGGACAAGCAGAUUUUUGUGCUGGAAAAGGGCCUUUUUAAGCUCACAAGCAAAUUCAAGGUUCAUUAUAAUAGUCGUGCUGUGAGAUGCACACCACAUCAAACAUGGAGUUAGUCCCUGCCUCUCUAAGAUGGAAACAACUAUCUUGCAGAAAGUGACUGUUGUUUUAGUUAAUGACUAUUAAACUAUUGUUGUUUCAUGUCCUGUUACAGGAGAGACAAGUAGCAUUGAUCCGCGAACUGUUAAGUGACAAGGACACCAUGAGCAGGUUAAAUGACAAUGAAAGACAGACGUUAAUGCAACUGAGCCAGUGUCACCAUGAUGAUAUGACCAGUCCAAGGAAAAGGUAUGAAAGCCUUAAGUCAUAGAGGAUAUUACAUGGCCGCACAGAGAUACGAAAUUUCUCUGUGAGUGUUGAAAAAUAUUUCACGAGUGAGUGCAGCAAAUGAGUGAAAUAUUUUUUCAAUACGAGAAGAGGGAUUUCGUAUCUCCAAGCGGCCAUGUAAUGUUCUAUUCAUUAUAUAAACACCAAUGAACUACCAAACAAUUUCACUUUAAUAGUUUUUUGGUGCGAAGGGUGCGAUUUAUUUUUUAGUCAUAGCAACGGUGAUAUUCUCACAUGUGAAGAUAACAUGUUAUAUUCACAUGUGAAGAUAUCAAGUUUUCGCGCGAAAGCACACCUGGUAUUUCAUUGGUGUUUAUAUAAUAAAAAUACUUAUGAAAUGCAACAGCUCAGUCAAAAUGUUUUCUAAGGUAAGCAGCAUAACAGGGUGCAAAAAGUGAGUGACUUGCAUAUAUUAAGUGUUUUGACUGGGCUGUGUAACGUUGCCUCCCCCACGUUUGUUGAUGAGUAAAACAAGUUUCCCAAGUAGUUUGUUUAGAGACUUUUGGCGCUGUAUCACGGACAGAUUUGUUCCCCUGCUUCUGCCACUAAUUGGUUGCCUCAACAUAUUAUCAUUGCUACAAUCCUUUCAUGAAUGCAGUCAUGGUUCAUAGAUUUUCACAGAGUGAUACAGUAUGAACCUGCAAUAAGUUAAACACCUCUUGCAGAGCUGUAAUUAUUUAUUAAGGAUCGUAACCUGUAGCACUCGUUAUGGCUGAGAUCACUUCAUGUUGCUGGUGAUCAAUGAGGAAAGCUUAAGGUGAAACUAUAAAUUUUUGUGAAAUGUUGAAGGUGAACAUUCAUUUACUGAGGCCCCUUCAAAACUUAAUGACAGCCCCGUCUUGGGUCAAUUUAUUGGCCAAAUAAGGGCAGUAUUACUGUAUAAAUUUAUAAGGACCACUAAUUACCAGAAAACCAUUUCAAAGGGUUGCUGAAAAUUAGUGGUUUGUAUCAGAACCUGGCUUUGUAUAUAAAGGGCUUAAGGUCAUUACUGUAAUGAAAAUGUGAUGAAUAUUUGUCAUAUUGUCAUUUUCAGGCGCUUAAGUGUUCAGGAUGAAUCCACUGGAUCUAUCUUAUCUCCAUCAGAUAUCAGUUACGACAACACAGAGGAUGACUUGGUAGGGUUUGCUAAUAGAAGUAUACAUUCAGUUCUUGUCUUGCAGAUACUUUGCUAUAAUGGACACCCCAAUAAUAAACUAGACAUUAAUCCCCUACAAAAAAUAAAUAAUAAUAAUAAUAAAAAAGAAUUGCUUGAUAUAAAUAAAUCCCCUCUAUUAUGGACCUUUGCUGUUAAAGAUAUGAACUCAUGGUCUUAAGGGUGUCCAAAAUAGGCAGAUUUAGUAAAGACAACAUAAUGAUAGUGACGAUUGCACACGCAGAUCUAAAAACCGAUUUUAACCAAUAGCUGAGCAUCAGAUUGAGAACUGGAAAAUACCUUUGAUUUUCCAAUGUUUUGAAUUUCAUUUUACCUUGCAUUGAACCCAUAUAUUUUUGUUACGUAACACUUAAAUUGCCUUUUAUUAGUUACAUGUGAUAGGCCCAAUGUAUGAACACCAAACUAAAAACAUUUACAUGCUUUUAUUUUACUAGGAUGUCUCUCAACCCAAGAGAGUUUCAAUUCACAGAAAGGUACCGAAAAAUUUGAAUUCAGCCUUUUAGUAAAUAAAAAAUAAUUAUUUUGUUUUAUUUAUUACAUUGUGUGUGUUAUAAAAAUACCAGGAGACAUGGGGCCCUGAUUCAGCUGUUGAAAAAUAAUAUCUGCUGUUUGACAUGGCAGUGAAUUAGGGGUAUGUAGUUAACAGAUACCAUAUGUUGAUGAAAACACAGUUUAUUUAGGCUGUAAUCAUAGUUAGUUAUAGAGUUGAAUGCAAUUUUUAUUGUUAACGUGAGGAAAUUACAUGGUUAACUACUUACAUAUACUGUAGUAACACUAACAAAAUAUUGUAUAAUUUUAUUCCCUAAAUUUGCAGCCUCCUCCUACAGCUCCAGAGCUUGAUGUAAGUUAAACCCAGUGAAGUUAUAAUUGACGUUAUUUUGAUAGGCAGUAAUCUAACAUUUUAAAAGUACUGUGUUCGUUCCCAGUAAUUAUGUAAUUAUGACAUUCAACAAAAAUUCAUCCAGCUUCGCAGAUGUAAUCUAACCCCAGUUUGUAUGUUUGCAAGCAGCCCUGCUAUGGCUGUUCUGAAGCCCCAACAGUCUCAACGAAUUACCAGAAAUGCAUUUAGAAAUUUCCUGUCAAACUGAUUGCCAAAUCAACAAUGGCUUUUUUAACAGGCCAAUCAUGGCGCGUACUCAAAUCCUAGUACACAGGUGGGGGCCUAGAAUACAAGGAUUUUGAAACUGUUUCACAGAUGAACUUAACCUUCUGGGCCCAGUUGUUCAAUGGCCGAUUAGCACUUAACCCAGGAUUAAAUUUAACGCCAGUUUCUUUUUCUUGUGUUCCAAAGCAUUUUCUUGGAUAAUUUUCUCUGUUAUUUUUAAAGCUUUCAAUAAUCAACUUGUAGACAAAAAGGAUUAAAACUGAAAUGAUUUUUAAGCUUUCAUAUUUGAAUUCAAAUCUUGCACUAACCCUGGGUUAUGGUAACCCAGCUUUGAACAACUCGGCCCUGUUGGGUGGGCUAUCUUGAAAUAUGCAGUUUAUACAAUAUUUCCUCAAAUCAGCGAGUGCCUGUGCAGCCAAAAAAGUGGGUACUCCAUCAUGAGCAAAUCCUAACUUCCAUUAGUUGGAUCCAAGUUUUUUUUUGGUUGUCAUUCUUACUUAUUAUAUUCAUUUAUUUUUCACUUUAUUUCUCUCAGGUUACUCCUCCUAAAAGGCCAAGAAAGGAUGAGGUAGUUCUUUAUUCCAAGAAAAUGAUAUCAAAAGAAAAAAUUGUUGCAAUUUGCAAAGUACAAACUUCUGUACAUUUUAUGGUUAUUUUAUGUUUAAAAUUUCACGUACCCCAGUGUUCUUACCAGACUGCAGCAUUGCCACACUUUUCCAGGAAGUACUGCACUAAAAUUAGCCCAAGUGCGCAAAGAAGAAAAAACCUAUUACAAAAUGCACACAACUGAACAUACACGUAGGUACAUUUCCUUAUGAUAUAAGCCAAAAUUUUAUUAGAAAACACCCACUUAGUUGAAUUAGUGGUAAAUGUAUGCAAAAAUUGUGACCUGCUUUUCUCCCUCAUGACCCCCUUUAGCAGGUCCUGUGGACCCCAGGAUAGAAAAUCCUGUUAUGGACACUUUUGACUGGUGCAUGUUUCUCAUUGCCUUUGGUGAUUGUUUUGCUUAUUUACCAUUGAUCCUUUUUGUUAGUUUGUAUUUAUGACAUAGAUAGGUCCAGUUGAGGGAUGAUUUUGUGUAUGACUUACAUGACUUAAUAAGUUUUAAAUUACUCAAUAGAUAUAUUCUUUAUUAAUUUUUGAUUUUUCAAUUUGUGAAAUACAGCAUGAUGCUCCAGUGAUUGUACAACCACUUAUUCCAAGCAGUCCAGUCCAUGUUCCAGCUUAUCCAAUUCAACAGACCUAUGUGCAACCAUCCGCUCCAGGUAACCUUUUUAAUCCUUGAAUUGAAAUUUUAUUCUCCACGCAACUGCCGUUUAAAUUUAAAAAAAAAAAUCUGCAAGAAUUUCAAGCCCUGAUACUUACAGUUCUAAUGCCGUUAACUCAAAACUGCACCAAGUGCUAAGACUGUUAAAAUAGUUCCUAUCUUUCUACACACUUGUCAGGAUUUAUAUUUAAGUACAGGGCUCAAAAUAACGGCCGGUCAAUGGACAAUGUCCGACCUUCACCGGUCAAACUCUCGUCUUGCUUGUCAUUUUGACCGGUCAUUUUUGGAUGCGAACUUCAACAUUUCAUAAUAUUUUCCAUAUAGUUGUCGCUUAAUGCGUUUUGCUCUAUAACAUUGUUUGUCCGGGCUAAAAAGUAUUUGGCACGUCAUCAUCACUGGCGACCUGCUGUCUGUUAUUUUGAGCCCUGAAGUAAGCUCAAAAUUGCUAGCCUGCGUGCAGGUGUCUACUAUUUCCUUUGAAAAGGCGAGGUCAGUGCACAGGCUAAAGAGAUUGCCGGAUUGAUUUCGAAAUUUGAGGAGCUUGUCAAAUGUCUGUGGUAAUAAGAGAGGCUGCCAGUGUGUUUCGUUGUUUGCCGUCCCACCUCCUCAUCAUAACAAAUCAUGUUAUCUUUACAGUUGAUAUAAAUUACCGAGACCCAUACAGGCAUGCCAUAAGAGAACUUGAGAGGUACACCAGCCCAAAGAAGGAAACUCCACAAAUGCAGAGGUAACUUGUCACUUUUUGUAUCCUAGUAAUUAUGAUACAUCUGAUCUCUGUCCUACUUACUCAGCUCUGCUUACCAGAGUCCUUUCUGAAAAUACCAUAUUUACUUGAUUAAAUGGAAGCAAAAUAACCAAUAAACACGAGGUCCAAUCAGAAGGAUGCAGCGUUUAUUCGAAGAUUAUAUGAAAAAAAAAAUACUCGAUCCAACUUGGUAAUCUACACCUUUCUGUUUUAUAAAAUUCAAAUGAUUUACCGUCAGUGUUGUCAGUGAUUUAAGAAAUGUGAUUUUGAAAUACAAGGCGCCCUCGAAUAAAUACCGCAUCAGAAACGUUGAAAAUUAAAUAAGCGCCGCGGUGUUUAAUCGAAUAAAUACGGUACUGAUUCAAUAGAAAUGAACCGCAUCUAUGCCGUUUUUCAUGGCUCUGAAGCUCACCCUUGCGCUUUCCCACCACAAUUUUCACCAGCCAGUUUGCAUCUGGCAGUUUUAUUAAAGCUCAAUGAAGAAAGCAUUUGUGGUGAAGCCGCUGGAGAAACUUCCCCUGUCCCCCUCCCCCCCCGGACCCUUUUCUCUUAUUAGAGAGUUUAAGUAUCACGUUCACGGCAAACGGAAAAGUCAGAUUCACGUUGAGAAUUUCUCAAAAUAGAAAAUGAGAGCCUACGUGUAGCCGCACCCUCCCCCCGACAAAGGAAAAAUGGAUAGAGGGAGCUCCCUCUCUCCGUUUUUCUUUUGUCGCGGGGAGGGUGUGGCUACACAUAGGCUACAAUUCUUAUGGAUAAAAAAUUGCGUGAAAUUACUAAUUUAUGUGUAGAAAUAAUAAACAGUAAAAAAUGACAAGUAAAGAGGAAACUUGGUCUUGUGGUACAGAUUCGCGUUUGCGGCUUGGCGUAAACGAUGCUAACCCUCUCUAUUACGGCUCGUUUUCACGGCGAAUUCUUCACAACAACCCAGUGAAACUGAUUCCCAGAUUUACUUGUGACACUCAAGUUGGCAGUUGGCUAUGCCUGCACAUAAAGUUAUUAGAGUGGUACUGUUGGGCUGAUGAUUAAUAAAUAAACUGUUAUAUUUUUUCAGAAUUAUUUCACAAACUGGCAGCAUAGGACCAGCUAAAAAAGACAAAGUAAGUACCUUCAUAAAAAUUUGAAAAUUAUCGUUUCACAUUCCAUUUCAAAAUAAUGUAAACCCAGAGCUCAAAAUAAAUUUGGGACUGUUGCGUAACGUGAUUACCGGCCAAGAAAAUUUUAGCUCGGUCACUACUAGCUUAACAAGCAAGCAAAAACAUGAAGUGAAAAAAAGAUACUUGUUCUCUCGAAACGUAAUAGUAGUGUGAUUUUUUUUUUUUCUGGUCGGUUAUUUACGUAUCCGGUCAAAAUGACGGGCAAACCGAUACCUUGUCCGGACCAAUGGUAAUCUUGACCGGACAUUGUCCUUUGACCGGUUGUUAUUUUGAGCCCUCAAACCCACACGGAGACUGAUGAAUUUGUCCCCUUUUACUGAAACUGAUCCACACGUGUCCAAUACAGUUGACACUCUCUUAACGGACACCUCUGUAAAACGGACACCUAGAGUUGGUCCCUGCCUUUCUUUAGUCCCUUGACUCUCUAUAAGACGGACAUCUCUCAAAGAUGGACACUUAGUGCCGAUCCCAAAGGUGUCCGUCUUGGAGAGAGUUGACAGUAUACAUAAACAUACGAAUUGUCAAAACGCCAACACUUAUCGUACCGUUAAUAAAGGAUAACGACUUGUCAAAGAAGCUUCGCGAUUAGCGCCAUUGGUAGGAUUGGUAUGCCAUUGGUAACUGCAAGCUGAUAGCGACACGGGCAUCCCGAACAAACACGCAAUGAAUAAAUGAUUGAUCGAUUGCGAUGGGUCUCAUUGGUUCUAUGAAGUCAGGGUCGGUUUACACUAGAAAAUAUUUUUUGCGGAUUCGUGACGAAUCUGGCGCUUGGAACUGUAAUUACGUAAUUGACCAAUCAGAUCAAUAACCAGAGUAUAAUACCAUCAACUGAGGUUGUACAACUCACUUUGACUCUGGAGAUGACUACUGCACAGGUUGUCGAAACGUCAGUCACUGUCAACAACAAAAGUCCUAUUCAGGACUACGUUCACCCGGACGAUCAAACUCAACCUACUUUUGAAAUGACUCCUGGGUUCAAACCUUUCACAGUCAUUAAACUUUGUUGUUCCUCCCCCUAUAGCUUCUGUUAUGCCGUCAUCAUACACCACUCAUCAUAAGAUGUACUGUUAUCAUCAUACAAAUACCGUACAAAAUUGAAGUAUAAACGUUGUUUAUCAUUAUCUUUUUUUAGAAACAUGCAUUCGUCUCCAAAACUGUAAUCAAGCCCGAGAGCUGCCAGCCGGUAAGUAAGAUUUGAACACCCCCGCUUCCCCAUUUUAAACUUCUCAUAAGAGUUUUUUGCUUGAUUUUUGAAGUUUAACUUGCCUCCCUGCGUUUAAUUUGUUUACUGUAUUGUCUCUACAGUGUAACAAGAGGAUAAAGUUUGGAAAACUAGCCUUGAAGUGCAAAGGUAAUUACAGCAGUCAAUUUAUUGUUGAAUUGGCGUAGUAAAUGCUAGAAGUUUUAUCAUUUUGCGAUUGGCAGAGGGCUUAACCUCCUUAAAAAAACAAAACCGUGUUCUUAACUUUUCUGGUGAAAAAAGAAUACAGUAAAAACCCACGAGUAAGAACCUACAUUUCCCAGGGUUAGCCUAUUUAAACAGGUUCUUACAUAAAUGUUGGUUAACAUAAAUUUAGGCUAUCUAGGUUCUUAAUUUCUUGCAAAAAAUUAUGUCGUUGCUAAGAAGAUUUUAGUGAUCAGCACCCUUAAAUUUGCAUACCUAAUGUGCUUAUAUUUUAAUAGGACCAUAAUAGAGAUCUAUUCUCACAUGAAUUUUAAUUUCUUGUAUAUACAUGAUUAUGCUUGAAAACACAAUGUUAUAAACAUUUUCUCAAUGAUUUUUGAAAAUAAGAACCUUUCUCCAAAUUUUAGGCUAAAGAGGUUCUUAUAAAGAGGGGGUCUAAAUUGCAAAUUUUAGCCUAACAGGUUCUUAAAUGUUAGGUUCUUACUCGUGGGUUUUUACUGUAAUGCCAAGCUUUUCGGGGUGUAUGGUUUUCAGAAUACGCGAAAAAAAACUUAAGUCAAAUCUCGUCCCCUUCCUCGAAUUUAAAGGACGCUGUUGUUAAUGGCCUUAAAGCUUCGUACUUUUCUUUGCAGAUUGUCGUGCUGUGUGCCACCCUGACUGUAAAGAUCAGCUUCCGCUUCCUUGUGUGCCCUCUAAUGACACUCCAGGAUCUGGCAGACGUCGCCCAGUAAGCGCGAGACAUCUUUAUACACACCUUACAUUCAGUCACAUGUCCAUGUCGGUUUUGUUGUUCUGACGACUGUGUCUUUGUUUUGUUAGGAUGAAAACAUCGAGUUCUUUGCUCCCACUACGAGUCCUAUGGUGCCAGAGAUUGUUGUACGUAUUUUAUCAUUAGAGAGCUUUAGAUUCGAGGACGACUUCGAGUACGAGAUUUUCUCAGUAUUAAGUAUUGCUCGCGCGAGAACCAGCGUCAUUUUGGCGGGAAAACGUGAUAGCCGUCGUCAUUCUACAACGGAAUUUAGCGAGAAUGUCGCAGUUGCACGAACAAGUUAUCAAAUGUUAGAAGUAUUAUCAUUCUGCUAUCGAGAGAGGGCUUAACCUCCUUCAGUAUAAAUAACGGUAACCGUACUAACAUUUUUUGUAAAAAAAAAAAGUAAAAUAAAGCUUUCCGGGGUGUCUGUUUUUUUAGGACAGGCACACCAACUUUAAGUUGAACGUUCUCGCCCUCAAAUCUACAGCUCUCUAUUAAAACGUUUCAAAACUGAAGUCAUUCCCAAACCCUAUUUUCAGCCGACAUUUUGCGACGCCACCACUGGUUUCUCCGCGAAAUGACGUCUGAGAAACGAGCGCAGAAAUUCCAUACUGAUUACGCGUCACUGCCCUGAUCUGGGUAGUGCUUUUGAUUGGUUGAAACAAUUUUCCUUCGCGGUACGACCAAUCAGAAGCACUACCCAGAUCUGGGUAGUGACGCGUCAUCAGUAUGGAAUUUCAGCGCUCGUUUCUCAGACGUCAUUUCGCAGGAAAACUGCUGGUAGUGUCGCGAGUGUCGGCUGUUUACUCAGACAACCAUUUAAGUCGCAUAAAUAUUGACCGUUGAAGACACUCGUGCAGCUUUGCUCUCUCUUUUGUGUGAUAAAAUUCUCAUAAACCUGCACAUCUGGGGUGAAUUUGAUAAAACUUUUAUAAGUGUAGCCACUAUUUUAGAGUCUGAAAACAAUAGCUACACUUGUAAAUUACGCUUUUAAAAGUUUUAUUAAAUUCACCCCACCAUUAGACCAACGCGGAAAUAUAGCAGCCUAUGUUAAUUUAGAAGUAGAGGACGUAGAAGAAUGAAGUUUAGUGAACAGACACUUAAGAGCACAUCUCAACUGUUUCAAUGUGCCUCCAUAAAAAUAAGUGAAAUGACUUUCCUUACUGCUUUCAAAGCAGAGAAAAAAAAUGUAACUUUUAGCCAAUCUUUUUAUGUGUUUUCUGCUUAGGUCAGAUGCGUUGAACAAGUUGAACGUCGCGGACUUGCCGAAGUUGGAAUCUACAGAGUGCCAGGGUGA